AGCCGCACUGCCUCGACCGCCCGCCCGCCCGAGGCCCAGUGCCUGGGACCCGCGGCCCUCCGCCCUGGCCUCCGGCGCCUCCGCCUCGCCGCGCCCCGUCGCCAUGGCCUCGGUGCGCGCCCUGCUCGAAGAGGGCGCCAUGGCGGGGUGCGCCGUCGCCGCCUGCGGGGUCACGGCCGCGGCCGCGGCCGCCGCCGUGGGCGGCGGCCCCGGGCUCCUGGGCCUCAGCGCCGCCUGCGGCGUGGCCUACGUGGCCGGUGCGGCCGCUGGGAAGCGGCGGCGCCUGGGCGCGCUCGAGGCCCAGGUGGCCGCCGCCGCAGAGUUCGCCGGGCUCGAGGCCCAGGUGGGCGCCCUGGAGGCGUCCUUCCUGGACGCGAAGAUGGCCGCCCUGGACGCGAAGGUGGCCCAGCUGUCCGCUCUAAGCGUGGAGGUGGACGAUCUGAACGUGAAGGUGGACGCGAAGGCCGCCCUGGACGCCGCCAUGGACGCGAAGGUGUCCGCCUUGGACGCGAAGGUGGCCGCCCUGGCUGCCGCGGGCGAGCGGCUCGCCGCAGAGUUCGCCAGGCUCGAGGCGUGCUUGGCAGCGCAGGUGCAGGAGAUUCAACGCGACGGCCCCUGCCCACCUCCAGGCGAUGGCCCUGUCGCCGCUCAUCCGCUCUUGGAGGUGCCGCCGAUUGAUUGCGAGAUCGACGAUGCGGAGGGCGAGAGUUGAACGGGCCUGCUGGUGCAGAGCCCUCUGUCGCAUUCUCGCUGCGCUCACCUCUGACGGGGGGGGAGAGGUGGCAGGGGCAGUCGCGGAUCCAGUCGGAGAGGCCUGCGCACGAGACGUGAAGCGUCCGCGGCGGUACAGCGUCGCGGGUUGGUCCAGUACGUAGUACGUCUCCGGGCACGUUUGUGCCUUGGCGCCCAGCACAGCAUUUCGGCUGGUCCACGCGUAUACCAGUAAUCAAGACCACACAUGCCACGCAUUGGUCGGACCGAGGUGUAAGAUGGGGAUGGCACCGAUAGUUCCCAAUGGGACUUUGGCAUUGGUGCGUCGCUGUGCCGACGGGGAGGCGGCUUUCUCGUCGCUCCUCUGUUGGCAGUGCUGCGGGCGCCCCCGCGGCAUGCGGGGUCGCUCUUGUCAGCGGGGGUCAGCAGCGUGACAGAGGGCCAGCCGGAGCGGCCGCGACGCGUUCACAGCUGCGGAGUCAUGGAGUGAGCGGGGCACGCGGUCGCGACAGCAGUCUCCAGUUCACUGUGCCCACGACCAGGAUCUAGUGUACAGCCCUGGUCUGGAAG